AUGUCAAAAAAGCGUGUUGACACUCGUCUUAAAACCCUUAUAGAGAACGGUGUGAGCACCGGCCAACGUACACUCAUUACCGUAGUAGGAAGCAAAGCGUCACAACAAGUGAUGAAUUUGUAUUACAUGAUGACAAAAGCGAUGAACACACCAAAAGAGCGCAUUUUGUGGUGCUACAAGAAGGACCUUGGGUUCAGUACCAAUGCCAAGCGCCGUGUUCGAGACAAAGGAAAGAAUGCUGAGGAAUUCAGUGGGAAUGCGUUUGAACUCUUUUUGAGUACGACCGACAUCAGAUACGUCUUUUACAAUGAAACUCAUAAGAUUCUGGGUAACACAUUUGGGAUGGUUGUUCUUCAAGACUUUGAAGCGAUGACUCCAAACAUCAUGGCACGAACUAUUGAGACUGUUAAAGGUGGUGGAAUCAUAUUAGUCUUACUCAGUGGAAUGACGAGCAUUAAACAGUUGUACAAACUGAACAUGGACAUCAAUGAUAGAUACCGGGACGAGUCAACUGACUUAGUCUCUUCGCGAUUUAACGAACGAUUUGUGUUGUCAUUGUCCGACAAUUUGUGCUCUGUGGUCAUCUCUGAUGAGUUAGACGUUCUUCCCAUCUUUGAGCAUUCUUUGAAGAUCGAUAAAGUUGAAGGAAAGGUCGAGAUCCGACAGGAGUUACUUGAUAUCAGAAAUUCAUUCUCACAAAUACAGUACCUCAACGAAAUUGUGAAGACUACAGUCACUGCAGACCAGGCAAAGUGUGUUGUGAAGUUAUUUGACUGUUUGAAAGAGAAGACCUUGAACUCGACUAUAUCAAUUACUGCGGGAAGAGGAAGAGGAAAGAGUGCAGCGCUUGGAUUGACUAUAGCGUGCUCUGUUGCGCUUGGAUAUUCCAACAUCUUUGUGACUUCGCCCUCUCCGGAGAAUGUCAAAACGGUGUUUGAAUUUGCAGUGAAGGGUCUUGAGAUAUUUGGGAUGAAAGAGCACUUAGACUUUGACUUAGUGCAAACGCAAAGAAGUGAAUUUGGGAAGUCUGUUGUGAGGAUUAAUAUUCAUCAGGAUCACCGACAAACUGUUCAAUACAUUUUACCAACAGACACCGCUAUGUUGGCUCAAGCAGAGAUUUUAAUGGUGGACGAAGCCGCUGCUAUUCCUUUGCCAAUAGUUAAGAAAUUACUUGGGAACUAUAUAGUCAUCUUGUCGACUACAACGAACGGAUAUGAAGGAACUGGACGUUCACUCUCAUUGAAACUUAUUAAGGAAUUGAGAGAAGGCACUACGAAGUAUUCGAAUGGGAGAAAGUUUUUUGAAUACGCGUUGGAUGAACCUAUUAGAUACGCUAGCGGCGACCAAGUCGAAAAGUGGUUGAACCAUUUGCUCUGUCUUGAUGCAUCAAACACUUUAUUACAUGUCACGACUACUCCACCACCAGAACAAUGCGAGUUGUUCUAUGUCAAUAGAGACACUCUGUUUUCAUACAACAAAGACGCAGAGAAGUUCUUGCAACAACUUGUUGGACUCUUUGUGACAUCCCAUUAUAAGAACACACCGAAUGAUUUGCAACUCCUUGCAGACUCACCAAAUCAUUGCAUUUUCGUGUUGACUGGGCCAGUCGGCGACGACGGCGAAUUGCCGGACAUUUUGGCUGCAGUCCAAUUAGCAUUUGAAGGCAAAAUAGCAAGGAAGAAAGUGUCCAAGAGUUGGUGCCAUGGGAAGAAAGAAGCGGGUGAUUUGAUUCCAUGGACUUUAACACAACAGUUCUUGGACGAUGAAUUUGCAGGGUUGACUGGUGCGAGAGUGGUUAGGAUUUGUACUCAUCCUGAUGUGACAUCUAUGGGGUAUGGUUCUAAAAUCCUCCAAAUGCUCAAUUUGUAUUUUACUGGAAUGAUUGUCUCGUUGGGUGAUAUGGAAGAGGAAACCCCAGAACAAGACACUAAAGAGAAAUCAGUUGAUGUUCGAAAGCAUCUCGGCCCACUUCUUAUUAACCCUGGAAAUAGAAAACCAGAAGUGUUGGACUACUUGGGUGUUGCGUUUGGAUACACCCCACAGCUUGCAAAGUUCUGGGGCAAUGCGGAGUAUACCCCCGUCUAUUUCAGGCAAACGGCGAAUGAUAUAACUGGAGAGCACUCGUGUAUUAUGGUGAAACAAUUGAGUAAAACGUUUGGGGAGUGGAGCUCUGAGUAUUCGAAUGACUUUAGGGUUAGGUUUUCGAAGUUGUUAGGAUUUGAAUUUAAGAGUGUCAAUGCGACUGACGCUUUGAAAUUGGUAGUUCCGAAUCUGAAGACCCUUCCCGAGAGUAUGAAAGAAAGAGGGGAUAUCAAUUUUGGUGUGAGAGAUAUCAAACGAAUAGAAUAUUACAGUAAGAAUAUGAUUGAUUACCACAUCAUUAUAGACAUGUUGCCCGCAAUUGCUAAUGCCUUUGUAAUGGGAUGCGACUUUGGAUUUUCAGUGACACAACAAGUCAUAUUAAUUGGUAUGGGGUUACAGUACAAAAACGUCGACCAAGUUGCAGAGGAUUUGAACAUCCCAACAAAUCAAGUGAUGGGGCUUUUCAAUAAAGUGAUGAGGAAGGUGCUCGACUUUUUAAACAAAAAGGCAAAGCAGGCGAGUAAAGAAAAGAAAGAAACAAAAGAGAAAAAGGAGGCAAAAAACGAGAAGAAAAAGAAGGCGGACAAUGCAAUGGAAGAGGAGAGUGAUGAAGAAAAGGGUGAACAGGAGAGUGCAGGAAACCCCAAAAUGGAAGAAGAGAAGUCGAAAAGUGACGACGAGUCUGAAAAGGUGAAAGAAGAAGUCGCAAAGAAGAAGCAUCAAGAGGACAAAGUAGAUACAGCAGAGAAAGAGAUUCUUCGAGAACGCGCAAUGAAGUUGAAAGAGCUUGGUGUGAGUGGAGACGAUUUUGUCAUCAAUGAUAACGUAUAUGAGUUGAAGGACAUAGAACAACUGAAGGGACGAAUCCCAACUUCCGUGUCUGUUGAAAAGCAUAAAGGCGAGUUUAAAGGGUCAAUCAAAUUCCCUCAGAAGCCCAAGUCUGGUAAGAAUGAAAAGUCAAGAAAAGACAAACCGAAGAAAAAAUUCACCCGAAGUAAGAAUUGA